CAACAGCAGCACACAUAAACCAAAGCUGGGGAGGAUUUUCAUGUGUGCUGGUGGAAAGAGGUUUGCAGCGGGAGCACCGACUCCGAGUUGAAGGAGAAACUGAGGAAACGAAGCUGCUGCAUUAGAAACAAAAGAUUAGAGACCUAAUCAUGAUGUGGUGUUUUUGUCUGACCUUUGCACUUUGCAUGGGAGGAAAACUUGCUGCAGGACAGAGAGAUGGAGAAAUUAUCAGUCAGAUUAAAACGACAAACAUGGUGUUGGCUGAGAUUAAAGAGCUGCUGAAACAACAGAUCAGAGAGGUCGUGUUCCUGAAGAAUACGGUGAUGGAGUGUGAAGCCUGUGGAAUGGGGGGGAUCCAACCUGUCUCCCCCUGUGAGCCCAACCCCUGUCACCCCGGGGUGAAGUGUGUGGAGACUCCUGAGGGCCCAGAGUGUGGACCUUGUCCUGAUGGCAUGAAGGGAAACGGGACCCGAUGCAUCGAUGUAGAUGAGUGUACCGUGAUGCCCUGUCACAUGGGCGUCCGUUGUAUCAACACCUCCCCUGGUUUCCGCUGUGGCUCCUGUCCUGCAGGAUACACCGGACCCCAGGUUCAGGGAGUCGGGCUUGCCUAUGCAACUAACAACAAACAGGUGUGUAAAGAUAUCGAUGAGUGUGAAGGUCCCAACAAUGGAGGCUGUGUGGAAAACUCUGUGUGCAUGAACACUCCUGGCUCGUUCAGGUGUGGACCCUGUAAAACAGGUUACAUUGGGGAUCAGCGGCGUGGCUGUAAGCCCGAGAGAGCGUGUGGGAACGGUCAACCAAAUCUGUGCCACACCAACGCCGACUGCAUUGUCCAUCGAGAUGGCACAAUCGACUGUCAGUGUAAAGUGGGAUGGGCCGGCAAUGGCUACCUCUGUGGGACUGAUACUGACAUUGACGGUUUCCCUGACGAAAAACUGAACUGUCCUGACAGGAACUGCAAUAAGGAUAACUGUCUCACCGUACCAAACUCUGGCCAAGAGGAUGCUGAUGGCGAUAAAAUUGGAGAUGCAUGCGAUGAUGAUGCAGAUGGAGAUGGGAUCCUCAAUACACAGGAUAACUGCAAGCUGGUGCCCAACGUGGACCAGAGAAACAUUGAUGAGGACGACUUUGGCGAUGCCUGCGAUAACUGCCGUGCAGUCAAAAACAACGACCAGAAGGACACAGAUUUGGACAAAUAUGGUGAUGAAUGUGAUGAAGACAUCGAUGGGGAUGGAAUUCCUAAUCACCUGGAUAACUGCAAAAAAGUUCCCAACUCUGACCAGAAAGAUCGGGAUGGUGACAAAGUGGGGGACGCCUGUGACAGCUGUCCUUAUGUUCCCAACCCUGACCAGACGGAUGUGGACGAUGACCUGAUUGGUGACCCCUGUGACACUAACAAGGACAGUGAUGGCGAUGGUCACCAGGACUCCCGGGACAACUGCCCAGCCGUCAUUAACAGCUCUCAGCUGGACACAGACAAAGACGGGAAGGGAGACGAGUGUGAUGAUGACGACGACGACGAUGGUAUCCCAGACCUACUGCCACCUGGUCCAGACAACUGCCGUCUGAUCCCCAACCCACUGCAGGAGGACUUGGAUGGUGACGGUGUUGGUGAUGUGUGCCAGAAGGAUUUUGAUAAUGACACCAUCAUCGAUCCCAUUGAUGUUUGUCCAGAAAACGCUGAAGUCACCCUGACCGACUUCAGGGAGUACCAGACAGUUGUGUUAGAUCCCGAGGGAGAUGCACAGAUUGACCCCAACUGGGUGGUGCUAAACCAGGGCCGAGAAAUUGUCCAAACUAUGAACAGUGACCCUGGACUGGCUGUUGGUUAUACUGCAUUUAGCGGAGUGGACUUUGAGGGUACGUUUCACGUAAACACGGUAACGGAUGACGACUACGCUGGCUUCAUCUUUGGGUACCAGGAUAGCUCCAGUUUCUACGUGGUGAUGUGGAAGCAGGUGGAACAGAUCUACUGGCAGGCAAACCCGUUCAGAGCCGUGGCACAGCAGGGCAUCCAGCUCAAGGCAGUCAAGUCAAACACAGGUCCAGGUGAGAAUCUGAGGAAUGCCCUGUGGCACACAGGUGAUACCAACGAACAGGUGAAACUUCUUUGGAAAGAUCCUCGAAAUGUCGGCUGGAAAGACAAGACUUCCUACCGCUGGUCCCUGCAACAUCGACCGGCUGAGGGCUACAUCAGGGUUCGUUUUUUCGAAGGUCCCCAGAUGGUGGCAGACACAGGCGUCAUCAUAGACGCCACAAUGAGAGGGGGCAGACUCGGCGUCUUCUGCUUCUCCCAGGAAAACAUCAUCUGGGCUGACCUCAGUUAUCGCUGCAACGACACUCUUCCUGAAGACUUUGACAGCUACCAAGCCCAGCUGGUGGCCUGACGAAGAUGCACAAGCCCAAAUUAAACGCUUUGCAACAUACAACUAAAGUCCAGGAAAAAAAUAUGUUAUGGAGGGUCAAUAAUAAAAGCUACUUCACAGACAAAUGGGAUAACAGUAAACCCUUUCCAGAAGAGACUGAUGAAAUAAAAUGGAAAUUUUAUUAGUUUAGUUUUGACUAACCAUACAUUAGUUUUAGAUGUUGCUGCCAUCACGAAAAAGACUGAACACUGAAAUGUCGACCUCUGUGAAUGAAUUUAGUGCAACAUAAUUUCACAUAUUUAAAAAUAUGCCAUUUAAUAUGAUGUAAGUCCAUUUAUUUGAUGGUUUUUGGGAUGUAGCUUUAAUAUGAAAACAUAAGGAGUAAUGGUGCUGUGGAUUUGUUACAGCCACAGAAGCUGGGGAGAUUUCACCUGUAGAAGGAAGAACAAAUUCAAGAAAAUGGUUAUUCAAAAGCAAACAAGAUAGUGUUUUAAAAAAACCAUGAAUAAAAAUAUUUCAGGAAUUUGUACCAAUCCUCACCCGAGUAUCCUGGUUUGACCUCAAGCAGAAAGGUGGACAGCAUGGAAUAAAAGGAGCUGCAGAUUCAGAUGUGGUCAGCCACGAGGUCCUAAAGGGUUCCGGUGUGUUGUAGUGAUAGCAAAGCUUUUAUUCACGUUUGUUCAUGUAUCUACAAAAUAAAACCCGUUUAUCCAGUCUUAUUGACUUUAGAGCAGCUGCUUUAACCUCCUGCACCAUCAAAGUCUGAGUGAUGCCCUCAGUGAUGUUCUAGCAUCAUUUACCACAGUAGACAAAAAGACAAAUCAAUGAAAACCUGGCAGAUGAACCACGAAUGUCAGUCGGUGGGGGGGUGGGGGUGGGGCUGAAUAUCUGAAAGGAUGAUCAGCAGCAAAGGAGCGUCAUAACUGAUGAUCUCUUCUGUUUCUCUUCAGUUUAUUCUGCUCAGAUGAACUUGGAUCUCCGUCAGCUUCAGAUCUGAUCGGAAGUCUGCAGAUUUUAUACAUGCACAGAGAACUGGUGGACUCAUUAGGAACCACGUCUGAGAGAAUUAACCUCAUCUUUAAUGUGAAAAUGACAAAGGAGCAGGAAAAUAAGCCAAAUACCAUUUCUGGAAUGAACAUGAAGAAUACCUGGGUGUUUAUUAUUGCUGUUAUGUUUUUUUAUCAUUAUCAAUCUCUUUAGAAUCAAUAAAGUAUGUUAGAAAUGAA